CUGAGCGGCGCCAAGCAGUGACGUUGGGAUGCUGCAGCAGCAAACAGCUGCCUGUCGCCGCGCGCGCCUCACGACCCACGACUCGACCACAGCACUGUGUCUGUGAACUGCGCCCAUUCUUCGACACGACUCUAGCUGUAGCUAUUCCAUAACUUGCUAUCUGUUAUUCCCGCUUUCGUUUCUUCAAUCAUAGCUCUCCCCACUGCAAGACAUAGCUGCACAGCUCCGCCCGCCACCUCGGCUCACCUCGUUCUCCACAUCACCACGACGUGCUUUCAACAUCUCGCACUUGCGGAAUUGCUACGCGCAAACAAUCGUAUAUCCACUCGUUACGCCGCUUAGGCGGGACCACGCGAGAUGGUGCAGCGACACUCGCGAGGACCGAGGGUCACAACAGUAGGGUUGCUCGCCAUUCUCGCCGGAUCAGCGCUGGCUGGACCAGACCUCACAUCCAAGCACGAGAAGGGAAGAUGCGCAAUACGAGGGCAUUGUGGGAAGCAGGGCUUCUUCGGCUCAGACCUGCCGUGUCCGGAUAACGGCCUGGCGAAAACACCAGAUGACGACAUUAGAAAGAAGCUGGUUGACAUCUGCGGCGACCAGUGGUCAGACACAGACAUAUGCUGCGUCGAAGAGCAGCUUGACGCCCUCAAGACGAACCUCGACCGCGCUACCCCCAUCAUCAAUGCCUGCCCAGCCUGCAAGGAGAACUUCUACAACCAGUUCUGCACAUUCACCUGUUCGCCAGACCAGUCCACCUUCAUCAACGUCACACGCACCGAACCGAAGGGAGACAAGUUUCUCGUCACAGAGCUAGACUAUCUAGUGUCGGACGAGUACGCAUCCACCUUCUACGACAGUUGCAAGGAUGUCAAGUUUGGUGCUACAAACGGCAAAGCCAUGGACUUCAUUGGAGGCGGCGCGAAGAACUACACACAAUUCCUUAAAUUUCUAGGGGACAAGAAGUUCCUAGGAUCUCCCUUCCAGAUCAACUUCCCGCGGCCAGACGAGGCCCAGUUCCCGGACAUGGAAGGCAUGAACAAGCACGCGUACCCGUGCAACACGACCGACGAGCUAUACCGAUGCGCCUGUCUGGACUGCGGCGGAGCGUGUACCGAGCUUCCAGAAGUGCAAGAAGAAAAGCAGUGCCACGUUGGUCUUCUCCCCUGCCUCUCGUUCGCCGUCAUCAUCAUCUAUUCGUUCUUCCUUGCGCUACUGUGCACUGCUGUCGCUGGCCAUGUCGCUUACCAGAAUCAUUCCAAGCACAAGAAUGAGCGAAUGCGUCUGUUGCAGGAUUUGGAGCCAAGCGACGAUGAGGAUGAGGGUGACAUUGUGCACAACGUCGGCAUGCUCGACCGACCUACUAAGCACUACUUCAUCAACACCUGGUGCGACCGCAUGUUCAGUCGCCUUGGAUACGUAUGUGCUCGAUUCCCAGUGAUUACCAUUGUCACGAGCGUUAUUGUGGUCGCCCUAAUGAGCUUGGGUUGGAUGCGAUUUGAGGUGGAAACCGAUCCCGUCCGAUUGUGGGUUUCACCAGACUCUGCUGCUGCUCAAGAGAAGGCUUUCUUCGAUGAGAAGUUUGGGCCCUUUUUCCGUGCGGAGCAAGCCUUCCUUGUCAAUGAUACUUCGGGAGACUCCGGUCCUGUGCUAAGUUACGAGACUCUCGACUGGUGGUUCGGUGUCGAAAAUCAGAUUCAACGCCUCAAAUCUUAUGGAACCGGUGUAACCCUGGACCAAGUGUGCUUCAAGCCCAUAGGAGAUGCUUGCGUCGUUCAAUCCAUUUCUGGAUAUUUUCAGGGUGACUUUGCCAAUGUAUCGCCUCAUAGCUGGCGGGAAGACCUCCAGGAAUGCGUCGACAAUCCAACACAGUGCUUGCCGGAUUUCCAGCAGCCACUCGACCCUCAUCUCCUCUUCGGUGGCGUCAACGAGAGUGUCUUGGAUGCCAAGGCGCUCGUAGUCACAUGGGUUGUGAAGAAUCAUCCCAAAGGCACUCCAGAAGAACAGCGCGCCAUGGAUUUCGAGAAUGAGCUGAAAAAUCACUUGCAGUUUGUUUCUGAGGAUGCUAAGAAGCGAGGCCUGCGACUGAGUUUCAACACCGAAGUCAGUCUCGAGCAAGAACUGAACAAGAGCACCAACACAGAUGCGAAGAUCGUUGUGGUGAGCUACAUCAUCAUGUUCCUGUAUGCAUCCCUUGCUCUCGGCUCUACAACGCUCACAGUACGGUCCGUUCUCCGCAAUCCAGCCAAUGCACUUGUACAGUCCAAGUUUAUGUUGGGUAUAGUCGGUAUCCUCAUUGUCCUCAUGUCCGUUUCCGCUUCGGUCGGACUUUUCUCUGCUGCUGGCAUCAAAGUUACCUUGAUCAUCGCCGAAGUCAUUCCAUUCCUGGUCUUAGCUGUCGGCGUCGACAACAUCUUUCUGAUCGUACACGAGUUUGAGCGUAUCAACAUCAGUCAUCCUGAGGGUAGCAUACCGGACCGCGUUUCGCGGGCUUUAGGUCGAAUGGGCCCCUCGAUCUUGCUCUCUGCCCUUACUGAAACUACAGCAUUCGCUCUUGGGUGCGCUGUUGGAAUGCCUGCUGUUCGCAACUUUGCUGCAUAUGCUGCUGGAGCCGUCUUUAUCAACGCCAUUCUUCAAGUCACCAUGUUCAUCGCUGUUCUCGCUCUCAAUCAGCAUCGCGUUGAGACAAAUCGCGCCGAUUGUUUCCCCUUCGUGCGUGUCGGGCGCGCAGAUCCUGGCUAUCUAGGUGGCGUGGGUCAUGGCGCUGUUGAGGAGGGUGGACUACAGCGCUUCAUCCGCAAGACAUAUGCGCCUGCCAUCCUCGGGAAGAAAACUAAGGUCGGUAUCAUUGCCGUUUUCUUUGCUAUUUUCACCGCAGGCAUCGCUCUCUUCCCCAGGGUUGAGCUUGGUCUCGAUCAACGUAUUGCUAUUCCUAGCGACUCGUACCUUAUCCCUUACUUCAACGAUCUUUACGACUACCUCGACGUCGGCCCACCAGUCUACUUUGUUACCAAAGAUCUCAACGUUACUGAGCGGAAACCUCAAAAGGAGCUAUGUGGUCGUUUUUCGACUUGCGACCAAGCCAGCUUAGCAAAUAUCAUCGAAGCCGAACGCAAGAGACCCGAGGUCUCGCAUCUUGCUGCCUCUGCGGCCAAUUGGCUCGAUGACUUCUUCCUAUGGCUCAAUCCACAAAACGAGAAGUGCUGCGUCGAUAGCAAGGGCAACCCGUGCUUCAAAGAUCGACAGCCACCAUGGAACAUGACUUUAUCCGGCAUGCCAGAAGGUGAGGAGUUCAUCCAUUACCUCGAACGCUGGGUCGAGGCCCCAACCACGGAAGAGUGCCCUCUUGGCGGAAAAGCCGCCUACUCAGACGCUCUCGUCAUCGAUUCGAAACAUCUCACCAUUCCAGCAUCCCACUUCCGCACAGCGCACACCCCACUUCGUUCCCAGAAGGACUUUAUUGCCGCUUAUACGGCUGCCCGUCGCAUUUCUCGAGAGAUCUCGCAAGAUGUGGAAACGGAGGUCUUCGCAUAUUCCAAGUUCUACAUCUUCUUCGACCAGUACAUAUCCAUCGUACGCCUAGCCGGCGCACUCAUCGGCUCAGCCCUCGCUGCCGUUUUGGUAAUCACCACUAUUCUCCUCGGAUCUCUCGCAACCGCACUUGUCGUAACACUAGUCGUCGGCAUGACAGUGUCUGCCAUCAUAGGGUCCAUGGCUAUCUUGGGCGUCUCGCUAAACGCUGUCUCACUCGUUAAUCUCAUCAUCUCCGUCGGUAUCAGUGUUGAGUUCACAGCACAUAUUGCCCGCGCAUUCACAUUCCCUAGCCGCGCGACUAUGGACAAGGCGCCACGGAAUAGAUUCCGUGGUCGCGACGCGCGAGCAUGGACUGCGAUGGUGAAUGUAGCAAGUAGUGUUGUAAGCGGGAUUACGAUUACGAAGAUUCUUGGUGUCGGGGUGUUGGCAUUUACCAGGAGUAAAAUCUUCGAAAUCUACUAUUUCCGCGUUUGGGUCGCCCUCGUCCUCUGGGCUUCCACACACGCACUCAUUCUCCUGCCCGUACUGCUCUCCCUCGUUGGAGGAAAAGGCUACGUCGAUCCCGAAAGCGAAGGGGGUCUUGAACAGGAUCUUAGGAAUAGACAAUACCCUGCACUCCUUGCGGAUGAUGAGGAGUACGAUAGCGAUGAUUAGGAGUCAAGAUCUGUUAGGGUGGUGGGACGGCUGUGGAUCAGUGCGCGUGGCUGGUGCAGGAUUCGAUGGGCUAUCUUACGUUUCAGGGUGAGGAGGUGGCUUGACAGUAUGGAUGGAACGCCGGCUCCAAGGGUGAGAAGGGUGCGGGUGGCAAGGGGAAUUGACUCGAAUAUCGCUCUGCCAGGAGACAGGGGCUAGAAAGUCUCCUGAUUCGUUCGCAUAUGUA